AUGGGUCUAGGAACUUUCCUCGCCCAGAGUGUGUGGUUCGCACGGGAGCACGAGUGUGGGGGAGGGUGGGGGUGGGGGUGGGUGGGGGCUGUGGGGGCGCACAGUGGUCCCCCGCGCGGCCCGGGGCGGUCCCGCCGGCGCACGCCCGCUAUGCUAUCGAACGGCGGCCGGCGCGCACCGCGCAUGCGCGGCCUGCCCCCGGCGCGCCCGCGCACCGCCAGCGGCGGAGGCGGCGGCGGCGGCGGGGGCAGAGGCGCAGGCUGCCCCGGGGGCGGCGCGGGCACCAGCCGCAGGCCCAAGCCCGACCUCGACCUCAUCGAGAGGGCCUCUUCCAUCGAGGACCACUGCCUGCAGACAAUAUACGUGAAGGACAUCCCAGAACUGCAGCCACAGACGGAAACCUCGAGAAAGUGCACGACCCGGGUCGCCUCCUCGCCUGGCCUCGACCGGAAGCUGCCCAACGGUGACGUAGUUCCGGAGCGGCUGGCCGAGCACGUGGCGGCGCGCCGCGCCGACAGGGACCGCGUGCUGGAGCUGGACUACAAGCAGUGGCUGGCGCUGUGCGGGCUGCUGAUCGUGGCGGCGGCGCUGGGCGUCGGCGUCGGCGUCCCGCUGGCGCUGGAGCUGCGCUCGUCGCGGCUGCUGGAGGCCCGGCUCCAGGUGGUGCGCCGCAUCCUGCGCGAGGUGCCGCUCAUCGACGGGCACAACGACCUGCCGUGGAACCUGCGCAAGUUCCUGCACAACCAGCUGCGCGACUUCCGGUUCACGGACGACCUGCGCCAGGUGGAGCCCUGGAACAAGAGCCCCUGGUCGCACACCGACCUGCACCGCCUCAAGCAGGGCAUGGUCGGCGCCCAGUUCUGGUCGGCGUACGUGCCGUGCGGUUCCCAGUACCUGGACUCGGUGCAGCUGACGCUGGAGCAGAUCGACGUGAUCCGCCGCCUCGUCGACAAGUACCCGGCGCACAUGCAGCUCGUCACCACCGCGCAAGGUAUCGAGGAGGCGCACCGCGCCGGCAAGGUGGCCAGCCUGAUCGGCGUGGAGGGCGGCCACGCGCUGGGCAGCUCGCUGGCGGUGCUGCGCAUGUUCUACCAGCUGGGCGCGCGCUACCUCACGCUCACGCACGCCUGCAACACGCCUUGGGCAGACUCGUCACUGGUUGACGAACCGAGCGAGUCCGUGCCCGCAGACCACUCCAGCCGCGGGGGACUCACCAGCUUCGGAAAGCUGGUGGUGCGCGAGAUGAACCGGCUGGGCAUGAUGGUGGACCUGUCGCACGUGUCGGCGCGCACCAUGGGCGACGCGCUCGACGUCACGCAGGCGCCCGUCAUCUUCUCGCACUCGUCCGCCCUCGCGCUCUGCAACUCGUCCCGCAACGUGCCCGACGACGUGCUGCGGAAGCUGGCCAUCAACGGCGGCAUCGUGAUGGUGAGCUUCUUCAACAACUUCCUCAGCUGUUCCGACAGCGCGUCGCUGCAUGACGUCAUCGCGCACAUCAACCACAUCCGCGCCGUUGCGGGUGUCAACCACGUGGGGUUGGGUGCCGGCUACGACGGCAUCAACUUGACGCCGGAGGGCCUGGAGGACGUGUCCCGGUACCCCCUGCUGCUGGCCGAGCUGGCCAGGGACCGCCUGUGGAGCGCCUCCGACAUCAAGAAGCUGGCCGGCGCCAACCUCGUCAGGGUCUUCCGGGAGGUCGAGAAGGUACGCGCCGACUGGUCGGAGGGCGGCCCCACCGAGGACUGGAUCUCCAUGGAGGACCUGGACGGCAAGACGUACUGCCGCUACCCCGGCACCUGA